UUACAAAGAAAAAUCGAUAAAAUCGAUGUUGAAAUCGGAUCGAAACAACAGAGCUUACGUGUACUUUGUCUGUUAUAUUUGUUAAGUUGAGAGCAAAGGUUUUUAGUAUUUUUUGAAACAAUUAAGCAUUUGGAUCGUUAUGGAUUUGCCGUCAACCUUCAACUCUGAUGUUCAUGAUGCGAACAAGAUCAGUUCUUUAAGGAAACAUUACAAUUUUCUAGGAAACACCAAACUCGAAGUUUUCAAAGUUGGAUUAGGAACUGGUAUAAGCUUUGGUUUGGUUGAUUUUGAUGAAAAUGGUGAACCUUUUGGGAAAGAGUAUGAAAUUCGAGCUGCGACUGUAAAGAAAGCUCUACAAGAAGGUAUUAACUAUUUCGAUACUGCACCACUUUAUGCCGCUGGUAAAGCUGAAAAGGUUCUGGGAAAGGCUAUUCAAGGAUUACCUCGAGAAUCGUUUUACCUCGCUACUAA